AUGUCUCAACUUGUGAACCUUGCUUUGCUUGAUUUAUCAUCAAAUAAUCUUAGUGGAAUUGAAGAAUCUGACCUGUUUUCGAAAGUCCAAAAUCUCCAAUACCUUGAUCUUCCAAAUAACAAUCUAUACUUCAACUCUAAUCAUGCCAGUGCUGAUUAUACAUUGCCUAAUCUUCAAUUUUUGUAUAUGUCAUCUUGCAAUGUCAAUCAAUUCCCCCAAUUUUUAAGAGGCUCAAAAGUUUUGAGGUAUUUAGACCUUUCCAAUAAUAGAAUUCACGACAAGAUUCCCAAAUGGAUGUGGGAUAUUGGGAAAGACUCUUUGCAGUAUUUAAAUCUAUCUCACAACUCUAUGACAGAAGCAGGCCAACUUCCAUGGAAGAAUAUCAUAAUCCUUGAUCUAAGUUCGAAUUUGAUUCAAGGAGAUCUUCCAAUUCCACCUUUGACAACAUCUGCUUUUUUGAUCUCAAAUAACAAUUUAAAUGGAGAGAUGUCUGAUCUCAUAUGCAAUGUGAGUUGUCUUGAAAAUUUAGACAUAUCUCACAACCAUUUGAGUGGGAUUAUUCCGCAAUGUUUUGGAAAAUUAAGCAAAAGCCUUCGUAUGUUGAAUCUAGGGACGAACAAACUUCAUGGAACCAUUCCUUCAAAAUUUGCAAAGGGAUGUCAAUUGAAGAAUCUCAAUUUGAAUGUUAAUCAAUUGGAAGGGCCUUUAACACGAUCCAUCCUUAAUUGUAGAAGUCUACAAGUACUAGAUCUUGGUAACAAUAAGAUCAAUGCUACAUUCCCUCAUUGGUUGGGAACUCUUCAAGAGCUAAAAGUUCUUGUAAUGAAAUCAAAUCAAAUGCACGGUUCCAUAAAUGGCAAAAGGCAUAUGCAUUAUUUUCGUAAGCUGCAAAUUUUGGAUCUCUCCAACAACAGUUUUACAGGACGGUUGCAAACUGGGUACAUAGAAAAUUUCAAGGCUAUGAUGAAUGUCGAAGAAAAUAGAAAUGUCAUGCCGUAUAUCGGGGGUUCUACUGAGAAAAUGAGUCAAUUUUACAGUUAUUCUGUUCAUUUGAUCGAAAAAGGGCAAGAGGUUGAAUUAAUGAAAAUUUUUGUGUCAUUAACGAUCAUUGAUCUAUCAAAUAACAAGUUUGAAGGAGAGAUUCCAAGAGUUAUUGGAAACCUUAGUUCAGUCAUUGGGCUUAACCUUUCUCAUAAUCACCUUAUUGGUCAUAUUCCACCAUCAUUUGGAAAAUUGAUCAAUCUUGAAUGGUUAGACCUAUCCUCAAACAAGCUAGAUGGAAAGAUUCCAGAGCAAUUGUUGAAUCUGACAAUGCUUUCUUCCCUAAACCUUUCCAAGAAUAAACUUAGAUUGCAGCAGUAA